GAAUUAGAGGUAUUUCAGAAGAGACAACCACAGGAGUUCACAACUUGUACAAGAUGAAAGCCAAUGGGACCCUGAAAGUGCCAGCAAUCAAUGUUAACGAUUCUGUCACCAAGAGCAAGUUUGAUAACCUUUAUGGUUGCAGAGAGUCCCUCAUCGAUGGCAUCAAACGUGCUACAGACGUCAUGAUCGCUGGAAAAGUAGCGGUCGUGGCGGGUUACGGUGAUGUGGGCAAAGGCUGUGCUCAGGCCCUGCGGAGUUUUGGAGCCAGAGUCAUCAUCACUGAAAUCGAUCCCAUCAAUGCGCUGCAGGCGGCCAUGGAAGGUUAUGAAGUUACAACCAUGGAGGAGGCCUGCAAAGAAGGCAAUAUCUUUGUUACCACCACCGGCUGCACUGACAUUGUUCAGGGCAGGCACUUUGAGCAGAUGAAGGAUGAUGCCAUAGUGUGUAAUAUUGGCCAUUUUGAUGUGGAAGUUGAUGCAAAGUGGCUGAAUGAAAAUGCCGUGGAGGUGGUGAAUGUUAAACCUCAGGUGGAUCGCUAUAAGCUGAGGAACGGCCGUCACGUUAUCCUGCUAGCCGAAGGCCGACUGGUCAACUUGGGCUGUGCCAUGGGUCACCCCAGCUUCGUUAUGAGCAACUCCUUCACCAACCAGGUGCUGGCACAGAUCGAGCUGUGGACCAACAGUGACAAAUACUCUGUCGGAGUGCAUUUUCUGCCAAAGAAGCUGGAUGAAGCUGUGGCUGCUGCUCAUCUGGAUAAACUGUGUGUGAAGCUGACGAAGCUGAGUGACAAGCAGGCCAAGUACCUGGGCUUAUCGAGAGAUGGGCCAUUCAAGCCAGACCACUACAGAUACUGAGCAGGUGGCACUGCCCAAAGACCAAAGUGCAGGGAUGCAACCUUCCAAAGCUCUUGUGUGUGCUGGGCUUCUGAGAACAAGCCCUUUGCUGUACUCCUCUCAGUGCUGCAGACCCCUCACCUUACCAAGGGAGCUCCAGAGCCUUAUUUGUUAGUGAAAGAGGAUCUCUCUUGGGAUUAGAAUUAGUUACUUGCCUAAUGUCA